CUAGAUUGUGUCGUAAAGCUAAGAACAACUUGGAGUUUUGCCAAUAUUGAGGUGGGGGAAAGGAAUCGUUCCCAGAGCGAAGACGAGCUGGAGUACGACUGCAUGGGUGGCUCAGUCCAGUUCAGGGAUCGGCCUUUCUAGACGAUAAUACAAGACUCACAGUUAUGGAAGACUGAGAAUGCAGACUGAAAGAACUGCAAUUGUGACUCAGGCCCAGUUUGCACAACAAUACAGAGAGUACUUGGAGAAGAAUGGCUUCUUGGACACAGCCUUUCGGCUCCAGAAGCAACCAGAUGGCUCAGUGGCAUUACCUGUGCUUUGUAAUAGACUCAGCCAGCUCCGUCAUCUCAACCUGUGUGACACUUUGGCUCCAGGAAGUACAUACACUUUUAAGGUGAUGAAGAACCCAGUAGCAUCUAAGAAGUCAUUGAUAAAAUCUUGCCACCAACGACUGCAGGAAGAGCUCCGUGCAUUAUUGAAGAACCAUGGGGUCCUUUGGAAUGAGGAACUGAUCCACGACCUGCCUCAAGUGUGGAAGAGGCAUGGAGACUUGAUUGUUCUGAGUGAAAAUACAUUCCUGGCAGAUAUCUGGAAAACUUUGGAGCCAGAAUUAUGGCAGGUGGUUGCUAAUGCACUAGGAGUAAAACGCAUUGCAAAGACAGGCAGAAUAUCUGCUGACGGCUUUCGUACUCCAAGGGUAACUUUACUGCUGGGAGAUGAUGCCUGGGUCCAUCACGUUGACAAUGGCAUCAGAUACACAUUUGACAUUACCAAAUGCAUGUUCUCCUCUGGAAAUAUCACAGAGAAGCUCCGUGUCAGCUCUUUUGACUGCACAGGGGAGGUGGUUGUGGAUCUGUAUGCAGGAGUUGGAUAUUUUACACUACCAUUUCUGGUGCAUGCGGGCGCAGCAUUUGUCCAUGCCUGUGAGUGGAAUCCAAACGCAGUUGCCGCACUAUUGAAGAACCUAGAACUAAAUAAAGUAUCAGACCGCUGUAAGGUCCACAGUGGUGAUAAUCGGCAGCUUCUUCUACGGAACGUGGCAGACCGAGUGAAUUUAGGUCUAAUUCCAAGUUCGGAAGAGGGGUGGCCUAUAGCUUGCCAAUUGUUGAAAGAAGAUAGAGGAGGGAUUUUACAUAUCCACAAUAAUGUUAGCUUGUAUCCUGAGAAGAGAGAUGCACUGUUUAAUAGGAAGACUAAUAAUGCAUGUUCUAGCAAGGAACAACAGCAAAAGUUAACAGGAACAGUACCAGCUGGGAGUAACUCUGAGACUACAGUUCCAGAAAUCACAUAUGCAUUUCAAAGAUGUACCACUGAAGAGAACACACUUGGCUCGAGAUGGAAGGACAAUAGGCCAAAAGUUAAAUCAAACUGUGGGACCUAUUAUGAAAAGAAGCUAGUUACUUACCCUGAAUGGCAACCUUGGGCAGAAUCUGUGGCAUUAAGGAUUAGGAAUAUACUAGAAGCUCACCAUAAAAGGCCAUGGUCUACAAAUAUAUUACAUAUUGAGUAUGUGAAAUCUUAUGCCCCACACAUUGACCAUGUCGUACUGGAUUUGGAAUGUAGGCCAUGUGAUGAUAAUUAAUAUGAUUCAAGUACUUUUUUUUCCACGUACAAAUGAUAAUUCAUGAAGGUUGAGAAUCCAUAAGUACCUUAAAUAAAAUCAGCUUUCAGGUUUAAAGUUAUUUCUAACACACUGCAGACUCUCUUUAAAAGUAAAAUUCCAAAUAUCAUUAUCUCAUGAAGCAGCACAAUAUUGGCUUAAUUCUCUGAUGAGUUUACAUUGGUCCAAGAGUAACAUUACCUAUGCACCAUCUGAUAAGAGGCAUCCAGCUGGCGCUGUUAUAAUUCAGCUCAACUGGAUCAAGAAAAGAAUAAGUUAACUUUAUUCUUAACCCUGCCAACCAAGGAGCUUAGUCUGGAUUCAAGGUAGGAAAGAAAGAAUAUUAAAAUGUUAAAUAGAUAAUAUCUUGCAAAUGUAUUCUAUACUGAAAUAGAGAUACUUUGAAAUUGAUUUUUGUUAUCACUUUUCUUCAUGAAGAUAUUUGAGGAUAAUUUGCUAUAUUUGAGUAUUAUUUAAUCGGGUAUGUUUUGUCAGAAAAUUAGUCAAAAUUGUUAAGUUCUUACCCAAGGUAGGCUGCCACUGUUGUGCUGCUUGGUGCUGACACGUGGCCACUCAUCAAAAUUUCAUUUAAAAAAAAACUAAUUUAAUAGGCUGCCAAUUAUCAACGUAGCUGUGAAAGUAAAGGUGAACAGUGAAUAAACUGACAACAAUGAAAGAACACCAUUCCAUUCCUUUUAUAACUAACACUAAGGAAGAAUCCAAUGUAAUACAUUAGAAACUUGCAGACUGGGUAGUUAAUUGGAAAAUAUUCUUUAAUAGAUAUCAGGAUAAAUAAGCCAUACUCACACAGAAGAAAAUAAGAAACUGAAUGUGGUAGAAGGGAAUCUGUCGAGAUGGGAAAAAGUCAUUAACAACAGGAUUGCAGUUGAGCAAUUGAUAAUAUAACAAAGCACUGAAGAUUAAGUGGUAUAGGAUCAGUGAAGUAGUGAAGCAUUUCUAAAUUGGUUUGGGAAUCUAGCCAGGCCACACUAGUGUAUUAUGUGCCAUGCUGGGCUCCAUACUAUAAAAAAACGUGUAGACGCACUAGAGAAAGUGCAAAACAAGAGUUACAAUGAUGGUAAUAUAACCAGAGGUCACAGCUGCAAGCCAUCCCUGAGUUAUGAACACCUGUCUUAAGGACACACCCUGUAUACAAACGAGCUCCCAUAGUAUUAAAUUCAAAUGUCCGACGUACAUACAUACAUUCGUUACUGCAAACGGCAUAACUAAUUUCCUCUCUCCAAUUUUAGUCGUUCUUUCUUAUCAGUCUUAUAAGCUUUUGAUGCCAUUCAUUACAGUACUGUAGAGGUAUGGUUACCAUAUUGAGUGAUUUUUGUGUAUUUUCCGACUGAUGGACAAAAUCGACUUGAGGGUGUCUGUAAAAACAGAACCUGCUUGUUAACCGGGGACAGCUUGUAUUGGGAAAGAUUGAACAGGUUGGGGCAUUUUCUUUACGAAAAAGGGGACUUAAGGUUUUUAAAGUUAUAAAUUGGUUAAACAGGUUAGAUGUGAAAAGAAUGUUUCCACAUGUGGGGGUAUCUAAGUUAGAGGCCAUACUGAAAUUAAUAAAUAGGGAAAGAGAAGGAUUGAUUAGAAUACAGAACAUACAACCCUAGGAAGGCAUUGAGGCAAAAAGCUGAGAUACUUACAGAAGGAAACCAGGUGAGUAUGUGAGAGAAAAAGGAAUACACUCAAGAUGAAGUCAGAUAAACAAAUAAAGUACUGUAGAAAGAAAGGGAGGAGGCAUCUGUAGAUUAUAAAGAUCAGCACAGAGUAGUUGAGUCCAGUGGCCUAUUAUGGGCUGUAUAAUUUUUGUUAUGACAUAGAUGGUUGAGUGUUGAUCAGGUUUUACAGGUUGACUAUGGAAUACCAGUUUCAAAUAUACCAUUUUCAAAUAAAAACUGAAAAUACUGGAAACACUCAGCAGGUUUAUGGGAAGAAAAGCAUUUGAGGAACGAAAAACAAUGAUAGCAUUUCAGGUCAAAGACCUUUUACCUGAACUGACAAUGAAAGAAGAGGCACUUUUACUUUGCAGAGAAGGUGGAAGACGGUUGGAUAAGACAAAGGGAGUUUCUCUGGCAGGGUAAGGACAGAGCUGUUGUGGGGAUACAUUGUAAACGUCGUCCAAUCAAUCCGCUAAUGGGGGCAGAAAGAAUGAAAAAAUAGGACAAAAGCUAUGAGAAGAGGACUGUUACUCAGAAUAUAGACCCAAGAAUGUGAAAGGUGCAAAAUGCAGAGAUAUAAGACAUGUCCAGCAGAUGAGGCAACACAGAGAAAAAAUUGAGCCUAUAUCAUUAGAUGGAUGACUCACAGCAGAAAAGGGUAGUUCCGAUACAGAUGGAGAAAGCGAGUUUCCUGAAAUUGUAGAAUUCACUGUUGAGCUCAGAAGGCUGUAAUGUUCCCAGAGGUGUUAUCCUUCAAGCUUUUGUUUUGAAUUGUUACAGACAGAUAGGCCAGAGUGGGAGUGAGAUGGAGAAUUAAAGUGGCAGGCAAAAGGAAGCAGAUGAUCACCCUUGUGGACUGAGCGUAGGUGCUUUCUUUGGUGUAGAGGAGACCACAGUACACCAGAUUGGAAGAAAUGCAAGUAAAUCACUGCUUCACUUGAAAGGGUUGUUUGGGUCCUUGGAUGGUAAAAGGACAUGUGUGGGAAACUGACGCAGGAAGAGGAGUGCUUGGGUGGGAUGGAAGAGGUGAUCAGGGAGUUGUGAAGGGAAUUCUCCUUUCAAAAUGUUGAAGAGGGAGGGGAGGGGAAGAUAUGUUUGAUGUUGGAAUCUUGUUUAAGCUGAUGAUGAAAUUUGCGAAGGAUGAUCCAUUAAAUGUGGAAGCUGGUGAAGUCGAAGAUAAGGACUAGAGGAACUCUAUCCUUGCUAGAUCCCAGAGCAGAGGGGAUGAGAGCAAAGGUGCAAGAAAUAGAUGAGACACAGUCAACGGACCCUAUCGACUAUUGUAGAGGGGAAGCUAUGGUUCAGGAGGAGGGAAGAAAUUCAGGAAGUCUCAUUGGAGCAAAAAGUGACUUGAGACAGAGGAACUGGGAGAAUGAAAGGAGGCAGGUUGGGAAGAAGUAUAGUUGGGUUAGCUGUGGCAGCCUGUGGAUGCUUGUCAUGAGCCUAUCCUCAGAUGGAGAUAGAGAGAUGCAGAAAGGGAAAAGUGUCAGAAAUGGACCUUGUGAAAGUGAGGGCAACAUGGAGAUGACAGUGGGGUAGAUAAGAUGAAGUCAAGGUAGGAAGCAGUAAGUUCGACAGAGCAAUAGCAAGCUAAAUAAUGAGUCUGGCUUGUGGAUCUUGGGCAGGAGGUCGAGGCAGGCUUUGUGAGUUCCCAGGUUACGAAAGCCCUGACUAAUGAAUUUUCAUCUUCACAAAAACUUUCUGAAGAAUUUUUAAACAAUUCUUUGAAACAAGUUAAGCUUCCCUAACUUUAUAACAGAGCUUCAGAGGCGAGUGUGAGGCGAACCGAGUGAUUUAGAGUUGGUCAGUGCAGUCAGAGCCUGACCGUGCAGCAUAUUUUCAGCUGGAAUUAGUGGACUGAGCCACUGGGCCAGUUGUUCGGAGGUCUGUAUGGAGAUGCAUUUGCCAGCUGCUGCAGGGUUGCUGCCCAUUCUUUUUGGGGGUUAAGUGGGGUGUUUCCUGGGCAUUUGGGAGAUGGGCAGGAUGGAUAGAGAUGGAUUUGCCGGCUGCUGUAAGGCUGCAGGCAUCUUCUGCCAGGUAGGAAGGGGGCAUUUCCACAACUCCAGCCACCUCAAACCACACCAAUCAGGAGGUGGGUGGAGCCGAGCCAGAGCUGAGAGCCCUGAGCAGACUCGCUCACUGAGUCAGUAAGGCCGCCUCUUUCCCGUGCCUGCUCACUGUCCUGUCACAGCUGUUUCUGUGAUCCUCUCCCACACACUGUUAUUGUUCAUUUCCAACUUCCGAACAGUUCGGCUCAGGAACAGAACCCUUUCAUAAUCUGGGGACUGCCUGUACCAGGAAUGUAGCUCUGGAGGGAAGAUCUCCAAGGAAAUGAGGUCCAUAGCCAUCUAUGGCCUGAUAUUCGGUGGUGAGGUCAUGGUCCAGAGAGAGGUAUGAGGAUGCGUCUGAGAGCUGAUGCUUCCCCUGACCAGCCGGUCACACUUUCUGCCACAGUUAGUAAUGUCUUGAGCAAAAAACAAACUGCUGAAGGGACUCAGCAGGCCAAGAAGCAUCUGUGAAGGCAAAGGAAUGGUCGAUGUUUUGGGUCAAGACCCUGCAUCGAGAUGCAGCAGUUUGUUUUGUGCUCCAGAUGCCAGCUCUUGCAGUCUCCUGUGUCUGCACGGUAGUGCAGCGGUUAGCGUAGUGCUUUUACAGUGCCAGUGACCCGGGUUCAAUUCCGGCCGCUGUCUGUAAGGAGUUUGUACGUUCUCCCCGUGACUGCGUGGGGUUCUUCCGGAUGCUCCAGUCUCCUCCCACGUUCUAAAGACGUACAGGUUAGGAGCUGUGGGCGUGCUAUGUUGGCGCCGGAAGAGUGGCGCCCCCAGAACAUUCUCUGUUAUGCAAAAAGAUGCACUUCACUGUGUGUUUCAAUGUACGUGUGACUAAUA